AGAGUUUCCUCUGCUUGUAAACGAUGUCGAUCUAUGAAAUUGAAAUGUACUGAAAAGAAACCUUGUUCAAGAUGCGAAUCCCAUAAUAUAGAUUGUCAAUACGUUAAACCAGAUAUUGAUUUAAAUUUUACUCCUACCCAUUAUACCAGAUCUCAAAUUGAAAACGUGGUUUUAUCACCUUCCAACGGUCUGUUGAAGAAAAGAAAUGCCAGUCAUAAACCUCAGAUAAGACAGGGUGCCAGUCUAAAAUGCCUGGAUGCGGUAUUAUUGAAUUUAUGCUAUUCAAAUUCGGGAAUCUCAAAUAGUAACGACUUUAAAAUUCCAAGAGGUCAACAUUAUGGAUGGAAUAUGUCUGGAGUUGCCUAUAUAAAGACUCCACCGUACCCGCCGCUCCCCAGUGUCAAUUUGGAUAACCAUCAUCUUACCUUGCUAAACAUAUUUAUUGAAGAAGUCAAUUCGCUAUACUCUAUAUUGUCGAGAGAUUUUCUAGAUUAUUUAAAAAUAAGUGGACCUCCUCAAUCGAUUAAUAUAGAAAAAUUGAAUUCAGAAAAUACCAAUAAAAGAGUGUUACUAUCUGCUUUAACCCAUUUAAUCUACGCAAUCAGUAUUAGACAUCAAGAAUUUUGUAAAAUUGAUUCAUUAGAUGCCAAUUUUAUCGAUAUUGAAAUUAUUUGUUUUGAGUAUGCUUAUCAGGUGCUUUCUUCAUUUUCAUUCAGUUACACUUCGGUUGAUAUUGUGAGAGGCUGGUUGUUAAUCACUCUUUAUUUAAGAAUGACUAAUCGCCAAAAAAGCGUCCAGUACGCUUUAGGCCAAGCCAAUCUAACUGCUAAAGCCAUGGGGAUGAAUUUGAAAAAAAUUAAUGAAAGAUUAGGUUCGGAUGAGUUUUCGGUGUUUUGGAGCUUGUACAUAUUUGAUAAUUUGUACUCGGUCCAAUUAAGAGUGUCAGUUUUUUGGUCCCAUGAUCAAAUUAAAAUUCCUUUCCCAAAUACUUAUACUGAAAAUUAUAAACGUCCAGGUUUUAGUUUCAUUUCUUUUGUAAUGCUACGUAUAAGUUGUUUAGCUCAUCGAGUAAUAGUGUUCAGAGAAAAAAUCGAUCCUGAUUUUGAAAUAUUCGAAAUAUCAAAUGACUUAAUCGAAUUAGGUGAUUGGUUGAAAAAUUUAGACUUCAAUUGUCUGAUGCUAGUCAAGGCUCAAGUAAUGAUCAGUUUUUACGAUGUGGUUCUUACUUUACAUGGACCCGCUCUUUUAAACUUAACUGGAAGGUUUUAUCCGAAUCUCGGCUUGAGUUUGGAUAUCAUCUUGGACUCUUUAAAAGAAACUUCCAAAAUACUAAAUGAAUUGAAAUCCAUAAAUAGUCUACAAAGCCCUUGUCCCAUGGUUUUAAACAUGAUCUUCACCUUAGGCUCCUUUUCCUUGGCCUUCAUGAACGGUGGUAUCUACGUAGAAGACGCCGAAUCCUUAUACUCCAAUGCCUUAAGCCUAGCUUUGUACUUGAACCAAUUCGAAGAUAACAUCAAUAAUCACCACCUAGGCCGCUUUAGAAUGGCCAAGGAGGUCGUUUGGGCCUUGAACCAGGGCCACAGCUCCUUGAUGCUCCGUUUCGACCGCCAGUUGAAAACCCUCCCUUCU